AUGAAUCCUAUCCAUGCUCUUCUUCGCCGAGCCGAAGAUGGUUCUCUGCCCACCUGUGAAACGGGCAACGAGUAUGAUGGGCGCAUGGGCGUUCGCAUCUCCUCUAUCUUCGUGAUCAUGGUCGGCUCCGCCUUUGGCGCCUUGUUCCCUGUCUUUGCGAGCAGGUUCCAGAAUUCCAGGGUCCCUGGCUGGGCUUUCUUUAUCGCCAAGUACUUUGGUUCUGGAGUCAUCAUCGCUACAGCCUUCAUUCACCUCCUGGGUCCUGCUGAGGAAGCUCUUCGAAAUGAGUGUCUCAGUGGCCCCAUCACUGAUUAUUCAUGGGCGGAAGGAAUCAUCCUUAUGACCAUUGUGGUUCUCUUCUUUGUCGAGAUGAUGGUUAUCCGAUUUUCGCGUUUCGGUUCAGGUCACAGUCACGACGACGAUUCUCACAGCGACCACUCCCAUGGUCAUAGUCACCAUGGUGAGCUCAAGGGCACUGAGCUUGCAUCGAACGAUGUGAACCAUCACAUGCCUGGCGAGGACCACCUUGGUCAUACUCGAGAGCAUCGCGACCUCGAGCUUGCUGACAAGGGUGUCGACCUUGAAGAAUACAUGGCUCAGCUGACAUCCGUCUUCAUUCUGGAAUUCGGUAUCAUCUUUCAUUCUGUUUUCAUUGGCUUGACCUUGGCAGUAUCGGGGUCUGAGUUCACAACUCUUUACAUCGUCUUGGUCUUCCACCAAACCUUUGAAGGUCUGGGUUUGGGUUCCCGGCUGGCCACGAUCCCAUGGCCGCGCUCUAAAAGAUGGACCCCUUACUUCCUAGGUUUGGGAUUCGCAAUUUCCACCCCCAUCGCCAUUGCCAUCGGUCUGGGCGUCCGCCAGUCGUAUCCUCCUGAAGGCUACACCACUCUUAUUGUCAACGGAGUGUUUGAUUCAAUCUCAGCCGGUAUCCUGAUCUACACUGCUCUUGUUGAGCUGAUGGCCCACGAAUUCAUGUUCAGCACGUCGAUGCGCAAGGCGCCGCUCAGGGAGGUGCUUGCCGCAUUCGCACUCUUGUGUUUGGGCGCUCUCUUAAUGGCGCUCCUCGGAAAAUGGGCUUGA